AUGGGCCGUAUUCAUCGACGAAGAUUUUUUUGUGGUGCCUCAACAAAACUUGCCCAAAGACAAAGAGAGCAUAUUCGAAACUUAGAAUCUGAAGUUGCAGACCAAAAGGAUGAAGCUCAAAAACUUAGAAAACAAUUGUCUACUGCCGUUUCUUUAAUUGUUGAGUCAGGAAAUGAAAUUCAGUUUUUAGUUGAGGAUUUGGAAAGACUUUCCGGUCUUCCUUCAGAGUUAAAUAAAUGGUAUGAAAAAUAUAAUACUGUUCGAAAUAAGUUAGAGACUUCCAAUAAGAAUUUAGAAGGAUAUAAAAGCCAAAACAAAAACUUGGCUCAUCGUUUAGAACAGGUUCAG